UUCCUGAUUUCUAUGCGUUAUCUUUGUUUUACCAGUGGACUUGGUGAACUGAGCUUCGCAAGAUAUGGCACUGAAUAGUGACAACGUUACGGAAUGUAAGGCGACUAAACCUGUGCCAAAUUGUGGAGUGCUCUCUUGGGCAUUCACUCAAACACCAUUGGCAGUGGCACCCCCAUUCCUGAGACCAUUCAGCUCCAAGCCUAGCAGUGGUAAUUAUGUUUGUCCAAAUCCAAAUACCAUUCUUCGUGACAUUCAAAGCUCUAUCAUGUCAACUACUGAUAAAUGCUUCAAAUUACUUCACCUGUUCGCUUCUGAAAAUCCUGUUCUCAAGAAGCUCCUCGCUUGGUCUUCUGAAUUUCACACUAUCCGCAAACAGAUUGACUGCAGGAACUACAGGAACAUGAGCUCUCUGUCCAAUCACAAUUUUGCUGCUGUCUUACCUGGAGAUUCAGUGGCAGGGCUUGUGGUGGCUAAUGGCAUCCUGAAUUUCCUGAACAUUUAUAACACGGUUUUGAUUGUCAGGCUUGUCUUGACCUGGUUUCCAAAUGCUCCCUCUGUCAUCGUUAGUCCCCUCAGCACUUUAUGUGAUCCGUACUUGAACAUAUUCCGUGGAAUUAUCCCACCUCUUGGAGGGCUGGAUCUCUCUCCCAUACUGGCAUUCCUCGUUCUGAAUGCCUUUACUAGCACUGCUUCUGCACUUCCUGCUGAACUUCCUGGGACAAGAACAUCUGAAGAAGGUCCUGCGUCUCAUUCAAAGUUUACUAAUCUUACUACAUCGCAGAAGAAAUGGCUGCUAAGGCUUCAAGGAAAUAGGUCAAAGAGCUCCGGUGGUGUCAAUUAGGCUAUUCUGUUCAUUUCCAUUUCUCUCUUCAAAAUUUUCUUCCUUACCAAUUGUCAUAGUCUACUAGGUAUACAUUUGUGUAUUCUUGUCAUUUUUGAGUUAUAAAAAAUCUUCCGAAUAUUACCUAUUUACCUUGACUUCGAAUGGCUGAGGUGUAGAAAUUCUUUUGUUA